GAAAUAACAAUGUCGAGUAUUCGUAGAAAUGUUGAAGAAAAAGUUAAUGCUGAAUUUCGUUUUAUUACUGUGUAUUUCUUAUGCAAGAUGUAACAAUACGAUGGAACCUUAUGUUAUAGGGGGUGACUUUACAGAUAUAUCUCAUUUUCCACAUUCAGUAUUCUUGAACAUUGAUUGCGUGACUACUUAUAUAUGCGGUUCAUCGAUAUUGAAUCAAAAAAUAUUGCUAACGGCGGCGCACUGUAUUAACGACUGCAAAAGACGAUGGCAAAUAGAAGGUUACGCUGGCCAUGAAAAUCUCAGUAAGGUAAAAGUCAUGAGAACUAUAAAAAAGAUACUAAAGCACGAAAAAUACAACGACCAAUCUAUGGCCAAUGAUAUAGCAUUACUCUAUCUGGAGAGGAGUUUACCUCUUGGUAAAUAUAUACAGCGAGUGACGAUCAGAAGAUGGCAUUCACCCAAUGAAAUUGCCAGUGUCGCGGGAUGGGGCAUUGUCAAUAGAGUAACAAAUAAAGAUACGAUACAUUUGAAAAGAGCCCUGCAGAAAUUAAUAUCGCCGCGGGUGUGCGCCAGCUUCGGCGGCAUGUUCACCGGAAUGAUGUGCGCCAAAAGUCCGGAGAAAAAUACCAGCCCGGCAUCUGGCGAUUCGGGCAGUGCACUCAUCACUAAGGACAUGCAGCAAAUCGGCCUAGUGUCGUACAUAUUUUCCGAGUAUCCCAACAUGCCCAUCUAUACCAACGUCUCUCACUAUUACAAUUGGAUUAAUACUAAAUCCCGUUCUCUACAUUGUAGCUAG